AUGGGAGGGGUAAGUGGUAGGUGGCAGAAGAUUAUGUUUGAAAAGGAUAUGAAGUAUUGUGCGACUUGUUUAAAACAAGGUCAUGAUGUUUUGCUAUGUCGAAAAAAGAAGAAGGAAGGAGGUGAGGGUGAUGGUAUCCAAAAAGAUGGGAGGUUGUCCGCUAAGGAGCAAGAUGGUGGUGGGAAGAUGGAGAAAGGGAAGGGUGCUAUGUUUGAAGUGCAGAAGAAUAGAAGAAAAAAGGAGUUCAAACAAAAAUCUAUGGUGCCGAUGGUGGUAGUUGGCAAUAAGUUUGAUGUGCUUGAAAAGGUUGUGGAGGAUUCCAUUUUAGGGGAUAUGAGUGCUGAGGUGGAGAAGAUUCAGGAAGAUGUUCCUGAAUUGGAGAAUGAGGAGGAGGUGGAGAAGAUUCAGGAAGAUGUUCCUGAAUUGGAGAAUGAGGAGGAGAAGCAGGCUGAUAAGCAGGAUUUUCCAUCUGAGAAUGGUUCUUUUUACAUUGAACAUAAUUUUGUCAAUAGGAGAGGAUCUGGUUUCUCGUUGGAUGAUGAGCUUGGUUUAAUAAGAAGGACUGAUCCUCCUGAUAAAGGAUACUCUUCUGAUGUGGAUGCUCUGCAAAGUACUGUAAGAGUAAGAAGGGCUCAGCAGAAGGAUGGUUUUUCAGAUGAAUCUGAAGGUAGCCUGAAGGUUUCUUAUUCGGUGGAGGCUUCUACCAGACGUAGAUCUGGAGGCAGUUUCUGCUAUGCUGUAGCAGUCUGCUGUGCUGCAGUACGUUGA